UGGUGCUCUGAAAUUACUUGGAAAAUGGUUGGAAGCUGUGAGACGAUGUCGACUUCCACUUCCUCAUAUACUAAUCUAUGGCCACACUGCACACCUCUCUCUCUCUCAUUAGACAAAAAACAUGACCCCAUAUGUUUUUUUUGUUGCCUAGCAUUUGUCACGGAAUCUCCUGUCUUGUCGUGUUAACCUUCUACCCUAAAACACACACAAUUCCCCUCUUCUCUCUCUCGAUGGCUUCAUUGUCAGCAAACUCAGUGAUGCAAAGAUCUGAGGCCGAUCCUCUCCCGUGCCCUCGCUGCAAUUCCUCCAACACCAAAUUCUGCUACUACAACAACUACAGUCUAUCCCAGCCACGCCACUUCUGCCGAGCCUGCAAGCGUUACUGGACCAGAGGCGGAACCCUAAGAAACGUCCCCAUCGGCGGUGGCUACCGCAAGACCAAGAAGUUCAAGCGCCCCCAGCCGCCCCCCGCCCCCAACCCCUUUCAUACCAUGCAUAUGCCCCCACUCCACCUCAAUUUUCCAUUUCUCGAAACUAGGGUUUCCUCGGAUACUCCUAGAUUCGAUCACACCCAUGCUCCCAAGUCAGGGUUUUCGCCUUAUUUUCGGAACGGAUUCGACCAAAAUAUUGAAGAUCGCGCCGAUUUCAUCGGCUUCGGAUCUUCGAAUUUUGCUCAGCAAAUGCCGUGCGAAGAAAUGCAAGUGGUGGUCGGAAGUGGGCAAAUUGGGAACCAGAUUGAGCAGAUUAGUUCUUCUUCCCUUUUAUGGAAUUCGAACGACGUUGCUGUUUGGUUUGAUCCUUCUUCAUCAGUCUCUUCAAUGAUUUAGUAGCUUUUAAUAUAGUUUCUUUGUGUUUGUAAUCUUGGAUCAUCGUCUCUCCUCUUCUCGGUCUCGUAGAUGCUGCACAUGGUAUAAGAAUUUUAGUUUGUUAAUUAAACUUUAAUGUAUUUCGCUAGGUGCAGUAUCUACGUGACAGCCACUUUUUCAGUUUGUUUUUCUUUUUUUGUGUUGUCAAAAGAUGUGCACUUUAUAAAAUAUACUAUACUAGUGUAGUAGUGAUUUAUACACGUUAUUUGUGGUCUUGUUCUUGUAAUUUGUAUAUAUAUAUUUGGCAAUAUUGCGUACCAUCAAUGCAACCACAUUUUUAGUAAA